GAGCACGUGACAUGCGGAAGCGUCGCAGACUUGUCUCAUCUGCGUGACCUACACAUGGCCCUACACAAGUUAAGCUCCUAUGGUUAAGCUUUGUUUAAGAAUCAUAAAAUGAAUUGGUAAUGCUUCUAGAGCCGUCAUUAAAAGUAUAAAAUGGACCCCAACUUGCAGUACUGGCAAACCAAUGGACAGUCUUUUCUAAGCAGACUGCGUCUCUGGUUCAACAUCCUCGACCCUCGUUAUGUGUUGUCAUCACAGGCGGAAAUUAAGGAGGCCCGGAUACUUCUUGAGAAAGAAGGAAACAAACAGAGAAAUGAAAAGGUUGCUAAUGCCUGGUUACUGUCUCUUUCUUCUGUCCAUGCUGAUACUGGAGCUGUAAUCUCACCAGUGUUUCGUCCUCAAGGUUUUCUACCUAUAUCUGGUCCCUUGGUUGUUGCAAGUUUAAUACCCCACAAAGGCAUUAAACCUGCUUUGUUUUGGCAAUUUUUGCUUCAGGCAUACUGUGCAGGAUUCAACCAUUCUAACAGAAAUGCAACAGCAACUAAGGAUAACACAACAUCAUUGAAGCAGUCAAUUCUUAUGGUUGGAACAGUUUCCUACUCUACAUUUGCAGGGGCUCUUCCACAGAUUAUACUCCAGCGUUUUAGACCCUUCAGUGCUGUGAUUGAGACCAUCUGUAGAUCCUUGUUACCUAUUCCUCUCUCAGCCUGUCUAGCUGCAUUCAGUGUAAUGGUGGUGAGAAGUGAAGAGUCCGACAAUGGGAUACAAGUGUUUGAUUCUAAUGGGAAUGCUGUCGGAGUGUCAAAGGAAGCUGGUUCCAAGGCCAUAAAGGAAACUGCCAUCUCAAGAGCGGCUCUCUUUGGCACCACUGCAGCUGCUCCCAGUUUUCUGCUGGCUCUCCUUAAAAGGGCAAAGUUUGUCCAAAGAAACCCCAUGAUAAUCGCUCCUGUUCGGCAUGUUAGUACUGCCAUUAUUUUUGGCCUGAUGAUUCCUGUGUCCUUUAGUCUUUUUCCACAGUUUGGCAAGAUUAAGAGGGAGAAUUUAGAAGAGGAGUUUCGGUCACUUGAAAGUAACAGGGAACUGUUUUACCACAGAGGACUGUAAUGUUGCUAUUGCAAACAUGCUUAUUUGAGGGCGACUUUUGACAUGAAAAGAAUGGAAACAAUAGAAUAUACUAAAAGUUCAAUGCAUUUCAACAAAAAUUCUAAAUGGUGUACAUUAGAAGUAUUAAAAACACACACUCUUUUUUCCAAAUGAUUUAUUUAAUUCUGUACUACUGCUUAAUGACCACAUUAAGAAGUAGAGCUGUACAGGUUUGAAUUCAUAUGAAUUUUAUAGCUAAAUUCACUGUAUUGAAAUAGAUGAAAUAGAUUUUACUAAAUAAUAACAUUUAAACAAUUAUACCUAUCCCUCACUCUGUUUGUUAGGGUCAAUACAAUUUCUUUCGCCACUCAUGUAUAGUUUGUUUUGUAUAUUUAAUGAUCACACAUGCAUUAAAAAAAUUAUCCAAGGAAACAGCAUUUUACAACUCUCUGAAAAUUAUCACAAUGUUUAAGAAAUUAGAGAAACAGUUUAAACGUCCUCUUUUUUUAGUAUAUAUUGCACACAACACAUUAUCAGAAAAUCUUCUAUGAUCUAUUAGUUAGGCACAGAGGAUAGCCCUUGAUAACAAGGGGUUUUCAGAUUAAAGGGUUAAUUCACCCAAAAAAGGAAAAUUCUGUCUCAUUACUCACCCUCAUGUUGGACUAACCCAGUAAGACUUUCUUUCAUCUUCAGAACACAAAUUCAUAUUUUCUUGAUUAAAUCUAAGAGCUGUCUCACUCCUCCAUAGGCUUCUAUUGUGAUUGAAACCUGCCGGCCCAGAA